AUAUUCCCGCCUUCCUGCCACAUGACUCCCGUUUGUACCCGCCCCCUGGACCCCCGGACCCGCCCCCUGUGCAGCGAAGGAUCGCAGGAACUGCCGGUGUCUGAGCCCUCAGGAAAGCUUACUGGAACUAAGUGAUGAGCCAUGGAGUGCUUGGAGGGCGAGUCAUGUGGCAGGAGGCUGCAUCCUACCUUGACCUGUUGCUUCUCCUGUAAUAGUUUGCAAAAGAGGUUGCCAUUUCUUCAAUGGCUUCCACGAUAUUCACUGCAAUGGCUGCAGCUGGACAUCAUUGCUGGCAUUACUGUGGGACUGACUGUGGUACCCCAGGCUCUGGCCUAUGCAGAAGUUGCUGGGCUGCCUGUGCAAUUUGGACUCUAUUCCUCAUUUGUUGGGUGUUUCAUUUAUUGCUUCCUUGGGACGUCUAAAGAUGUUACACUUGGUCCAACUGCUAUCAUGUCCCUGCUUGUAUUUGUGUAUACACUGGGGGACCUUUCCUUGGCCAUUCUGUUGACGUUCAUCUCAGGCUGCAUCCAACUGGCUAUGGGUCUCUUAAAUUUUGGUUUCCUUUUGGAUUUCAUUUCAUAUCCAGUCAUCAAGGCUUUUACUUCAGCAGCAGCUAUCACAAUUGCUUUUAGCCAAGUUAAGAACCUGCUUGGUUUGCAAGAUAUCCCUCGUCAGUUUAUUUUACAAGUUUAUCAGACAUUCCGCAAGCUUCCAAGUACAAGACCCGGAGAUGCAAUCCUGGGAAUUCUUUGCAUUGCCAUUCUCCUGGCACUAAAGUGGAUGAAGGACCAUACUUCUAGGCCUUACCAAGGCAUGUCGAUUUGCCACCGAAUCUGCUACCUCAUUGUUUGGAUUAUGACAACAGCUCGCAAUGCACUUAUAGUGGUUGGUGCAGGACUGGUGGCUUAUUCCUUUCAUGUCAUGGGACUCCAUCCUUUUAUCCUAACUGGGAAGACAGCAAAGGGACUUCCCCAGUUCCAGCUGCCACCCUUUUCUGAGAUCACUCCCAAUGGCACAAAGACUUUCAGUGAGAUGGUUCAGGUGAUUGGAUCUGGGAUUUUAAUCAUACCUCUUAUGGGACUGCUGGAGAGCGUGGCCAUCGCCCGAGCUUUUGCAUCUCAGAAUAAUUAUCGGAUCAAAACCAACCAGGAGCUGUUGGCUAUAGGCUUAACCAACAUCCUUGGCUCGUUUCUGUCUUCAUAUCCAGUGACUGGAAGCUUUGGGAGAACUGCUCUUAAUUCCCAGACAGGAGUGUGUACGCCUGCGGGUGGAAUAAUUACUGGGCUGCUGGUCUUACUCUCCCUUGGAUACCUCACCCCCGCCUUCUACUUCAUCCCUAAAGCUGCUCUUGCCGCUGUCAUUAUCUGCGCUGUGGCACCCAUGUUUGAUCUGAGAAUAUGCAAAUCCAUGUGGAAAGUAAAAAGACUUGACCUGAUACCGUUCUUUGUCACCUUCUUGCUAUCCUUCUGGGAGAUUCAGUAUGGAAUCCUUGCUGGAACGUUUGUUUCAAUUAUUUUUCUGUGUUAUCCUAUUGCACGACCAGAGAUUAAGGUUUCUGACAUGGAUGGCUUAAUCUUGACACCAAUGAGUGGCCUGAGUUUUCCAGCUAUGGAAUACCUCAAAGACAAAAUUUAUGAAAAGACGUUUACAGUGUCUUCACCCCAGUCAGUGACGCUGGAUUUUACUCAUGUGACUGCAAUCGAUUAUACAGUUGUCGUAGGGCUGGCUGAACUUCUUUCCGAGUUUAAGGCACAGGGGGUGUGCCUAACUUUCUCAGGGUUACAGCCUCCUCUACUUCAUAUGUUUAGUUCAUCUGGUUUGACGGAGUUACAUCAUUUUCACAGUAUUGAAACAUCAGGAGGCUCAUUUCAAGAAGAUGAAAGCACACAACCUUUGCUUCGCAAUGGUAUUGUGUCUUUACCGUAGAGUUGUACAGUUCCUGAGGUCAGAACAUUCUUGGGAAGCAGAUCUCUGGAUUUUUCUAAAGGGAUGAGAGACUCCAUAAUGCCUGAAUACAUUUCAAAAGUGCUGAGAGUGGACGGUCUAGGGGUUCUUUUUUAACAAGACUGAAGAUUAAACCAAGAGUGGGUUUUUUCGUACAUAAAAUAAAGACUGAAGACAGGUUCUCUUUACAUGGAAAGCAGCUACCUACAUGAUAUACAGCAGUAUGCUGCUGGUGAAUUAGAGAGUGGGUCAUGUACAGAGCUACCUGUUACUGUUGAGUGCCAGUGGAUGGGAUUCAUAAACCCUAGUUAUUUAUGGGCCCUUUAAUGCCAAUGUCAGGCCUGGAAACUUGCAGGUUUAAGUUAAUAUGACAGCCAAGUUGUGGAAGUUUUUAGCUUAAAGGGGUUGUAAACCCAGCCAUGAUGCUGUCCCUCUGCGCCCCCUGGUUUUGCUUUAGAAGUUGUCAAAAAAUGUACUUAUAGAUGCAGGAAAAUUUACCAAUGACCAUUCCACUGACUAAAAACCUCAUUAUAAGUGCAAGAGAAGUGACCAAUGAGAACACUGAUUCCCAGCACUAUGUCAGGCAUCUUGCUGUUAUCUUAUAUAUAGAGAUAAUUUUGUAUUUGUAAAUGUUUUUAAUUCAUUAUAUGACACUAGAAUCAGACAUGGGGAUAAAGGACAGGUUUGUUCAGUCCUAGGAAACCGUGCUUAAAGCUUCUAAUUCCAAUUACAGGAACAAAGAACAGGGAGCCAGAUUUAUACAGAUCAGCUGGGAUUCCUAUUGGAGGAUUUUUGGAGAUUUGGGGAAAAGUUUGAUUGUGCAAUAUUGCUUUAAGAAUACAACCCUGAUGUUGCUGGACUAUAGCUUCCAGCAUGCCACACCCAUAUUAUAUGUUACAUUAUUCUGGGAUUUGUAGUCCAGUAAAGAUUGGUUGAGCAGUGCAGUGGACCAGGGUUUAGUACCCCUGUAACAUGCCUAUACUGUUUAGAUUAUUCUGUACAUCCAAAGUUUAAUACAGUUCCUUACAGGGGUGUGACCUGGGGGCAUGGGCCAUCCCAGGCAAAAAAGAUUUCCAGCCCCCCUACAGUAUGUAGUUGCCACAGUAUGACGAGUAUGAAGCUUUGUAAGAUGUGUACCAACAGUCAGAAUCUGGCCCAGAGCAUCACAGCAUGCUGCCGGCACUGGUCCGCAGCCCGGUGGUUGGGGACCCCUGAUCUAACAUUAGAUGUGGUUUGUGCAGUUUAGUACUACCUCGAACGUAAGGUUCUAUAGGCAGCUGUCCAGCCUUAAUACAAUAAGACUCACCCUUUAAGGAGACAGCUUUGGGACCUCACCCUAGAGUCUGCACUGACAGGAAGGGCCGCCUUAGAGACAAGGGAUUUUUGCAGCUUUGGAAGCCCAACACCAAGAGCUGAAUUGGGCAGGAUACAUAUUUUAUUGUUGGUAUUUUCCAUAUUAUGGAUUAAAAUGUUUUAAUAAAGGUAAAACUAUUAAUGAUAGGUCCACUUAAAGAUUUGAAGUAAUUUCUAAUAGUUUUGGAGCUGAAGUUAUAAAAGAGGGUUCCAUUUUAUUAUAUUGAUAAAGUUUAUUGCACAUUUCUCAUGUGACUAGGCUGUAUUUGACGUAUGACACUGGAGCUAUUAAGGUAUAGAGCACUGUAUGUCAGACAGGGUGACAUUUCUUUGGUAGAAUGAAGAUGCUAAACUAAUGUUAUACAUUAAUGAUGCUAAUAACUGUUGUAUAGCAGGGUUAAAUAAAUGAAAAAAUCUCUA